CCCUUCUCACUUGAGGCGUAUAUAAUCCCUCCAACAACUCCCCCUGCCCAGUGCGACACCGACUUUAACCGCAUAAUAAAUUUCAUAGACUAAGAGCAUAUCGUCAUGGCCGGUGCAGCCCUUCGUAACAUGGCCAAUGUCUUUUUCGACAUCACCAUCGCGUCCAGACCUGCCGGUCGUGUGGUGUUCAAACUAAGAGACGAGGUUGUCCCUAUUACUGCUAGGAACUUUCGGGAGCUCGCGACGGGGCAAAACGGCUAUGGGUUUAAGGGCAGCGCCUUUCAUCGCGUGAUCCCUGGCUUCAUGGCCCAGGGAGGCGAUUUCACCCGGGGGGAUGGACGCGGGGGGUAUUCGAUCUACGGCGAGAAGUUUAAGGAUGAGAACUUCAAGGACCGUCACGUCAAGCCGGGGCUCCUGUCCAUGGCAAACUCCGGUGUGAACACAAAUGGUUCGCAGUUUUUUAUUACCACCGCCCCCUGCCCUUGGCUCGAUGGGAAGCACGUUGUGUUCGGCGAAGUCGUUUCUGGCAUGGACCUAGUAAGAACUAUCGAAAGCCAAGGCAGCGAUAGCGGAGACCCGAAGUCAAAAAUCGUCAUUGCCGAUUGUGGUGUUGUCAACAACCAUUAAAAUGUAACGGUCCAACGGUCCGGUGCGCUGGAAGCGGCAAGAGGUGACAGCAACGUAGGAUAAAAAGAUCCCAUGGCCUAGACUGCGGGUGUUACCUCUUGCAGGUGCCAGCGAAAACGGGCUGGGGUCACUGUACGCCCCUCUGUCAUGUGUUACCUCUCUUCAUUGUGCAAUACAGAUUCACUUGUUGCCUCAUGCUUUUGGCAUAUUCAUGGAUCGAUGCGUCCCAAAUCAAGAACAGACGAGUCAGGUGUUG